AUGGGAAAUGCUUGUACGUGUCAAGUUUCUAUUGGACGAAAAGUGUAUGAUGCUGAUGACUCUGAUUCAAAUAAUUCAAAUGAUUAUUUACCAUAUAGAUAUGGACAUUGUGGAGCCAAGGUUAUGUUAAGUGGAUCCUCUAAAUUUGUAUCGAUGUAUUCCCAAAAGGGUCAAAAAGAAGUGAAUCAAGAUGCAAUGACAGUUUGGGAGAACUUCACUGGAGAAAAAGACAUGAUAUUUUGUGGUGUGUUCGAUGGUCAUGGUCCUCAAGGGCACAAAUAUGCACAAACCAUAUGCAAUAAUCUUCCUUCAAAACUCUCCACAUCAAUCAAAAUGUCACAGCAAAUUAGUAAGAGCCAACUUGGGUUGGAUAUCAAUGGUGAUGAAAACCAAAAUAUGCCUUGUGUUUCGUGGGAGGGAAGCUUUUUGAAGUCUUUUAGUGAAAUGGAUAGAGAUCUUGCUCAGAACGUUUACAUUGGUAGCUUUAGUGGCGGUAGCACUGCUGUCACUAUAGUUAAACAGGAAAAUCAGUUGAUAAUUGGUAAUUUAGGAGAUUCUCGUGCAAUUCUUUGCACAAAAACAGAUGACAAUUUUCGAAUUCCUAUUCAACUUACCGUUGACCUAAAACCAAAUAUUCCAAGUGAAGCUUCAAGAAUAACUAAGUGUGGAGGCAGAAUAUUUCCAUCAAAAGAUGAUCCAAGUGGUAUAAAUAGAAUAUGGAUGGCUGAAGAAGAUUGUCCUGGCUUGGCUAUGACAAGAUCAUUUGGAGAUUUCUGCCUAAAAGAUUAUGGUCUCAUCUCAGUUCCUGAUGUAAUCUAUAGAAGAAUUAACAAACAAGAUGAAUUUGUGGUUUUGGCCUCUGAUGGAAUAUGGGAUGUGCUAACAAAUGAAGAAGUAAUUAACAUAAUUAGUUCAGCAAGAAAGAGGUCAGAAGCAGCAAAAACAUUAGUAAAGCAUGCCCUUCAAGCCUGGAAAGUCAAGUGUCCUAAUGCUGCAGUUGAUGAUUGUACAGCUAUAUGUUUGUUCCUGAAUAAUUAA